CUGCCAGGCCGUGGUGUUGUGCCAAAAUAAAUCAGCGUUAGUUGUUCCGCUCGCUGGGAACUGCCAGUGAACGAAUGUGUUGUCUCGCCGUUCCGAACUGUUUCGUAGAGGCGGGCGGGCCGAGCUAUGCGGUAUCGCGAUUACCCGCUCUUUUGUCUCGAGGACUAUGGGUGUCAUAGCCGACCGCUGAUGUGCGUUCCGGUAUUUUAAAAGCGAAUCGGCCCCGCCGAGCGGAAGUGUUUCUCUCGUGUGGCCAUCACCGUUUUACCUCUACCUCCCCGAGGAUUUCGAUUUCCUGCCACGGGCCGAGUUGCACACCUGAAACGGGGCUGCGGCACGCAAAUUCCUGACUCCGUGUUUUCGACAACCUUAUCCGCCCUGACGUGAUUCGCCCGGUUUGCCCGCCACAGGACGGGUUAUGUUUCCCACUUUCAUCGGGAUCCUAGACAUUCAAUCGUGGUGGGAGGUGCCAAGUAUAGCACACUUUUGCUCAUUAUUUAGGGCUGCCUUCAAUCUUCUGGACUUUGAUAUUGAGGACUUAGAGGAAGCUUUGUUAACGGAUGGCGGAACUGAGGGGCAUUUAGUACAGGAACUGAUAGUCCGAUUACUCGAAGGCUGUUUACCUAAUGACACUCGCAAUGACAUCUCCACCUUUAAUUAUCAAAUGUUUCUACGCCGAUUGUUUCGUAAGAAAUGUCAGGAAUACAAAUGCGAGAAUCCUUUUAAUACAGAUGUAGAUUUCGAGUUAUUGCCUCUACGUCAGAAAGUAGAAAUAUUGAGAGCCCUCUGUGACUUCAGGCUCGACGCCGAAGACGUGGAGCAAUCAUUAAAUAAUUUGGACUCGGAUAGUCUGCGAGUCGAACCUUUAGGACAUGAUCGUAAGAAUUCUGCCUACUGGUACUUUUACGGCACUCGAUUAUACAGGGAGGACUACAUCGACACUGCUGACAGCGUCUCGCACAAACCGAAAAGUAAACCUAGGGACAAAAAGCGUAAAAGACGACGAAACAGAGUGGCGACGACGGAAGAGGAAGAGGAGGAGAAGAAGGAAGACAGUUUAAUAGACGAGGAGGGGAAAGAAAGUGUCUGGCAAGUGGUCUGCUUUACUCAGCAGGACUGGAGUCGUUUAGUUGAGAAAUUUCGCGAUUCGGAGUACGAUACCGAACGUAAGCUCUACCGUACUCUGUCCAAGGAUUUCAUGCCCGAAAUCCCCAAGCUUUUUGACUUAAAGGAGAAGCAACAAAGGCGCAGGCUGUUGCAGCGAAAUAGUUCGCGGGUUCUUCGUAGCCACGAGCCGGCAGCGACACAGAUGGAAACAGUCAUGGUUAGAUCGAAGAUUAAAACUAAAACGAACAAAGGGAGCAAAAAGGGGGCCCAGAACUCGAAGAAUGUUUAUGUUAAAGAGGAGACACCUCCGCCGUUAUCCUCGCCGCCCGUUCAGAAGAAAGGACGACAGACGAAUAAUUCGUUAGCGUCGGCUGUCGGUCAGAUUGUGAUUCAUACUAGGGACGAAGUGGAAGGUUUAGAGAAAAAGAAAGGGGUUGGAAGUAACAGCGAUGGGAAUUUUGUAGCUUCCAACUAUGGGUAUAAAUUUGGAUAUUCGUUUGGAAUCGAGGAAGAGGAACGUCGCGUUGGGAUGCACAAAGUUCUCGAAAGUCUCAAGGAUCAUGUGGAUGCAUGGCCGUUCAUCGAUCCUGUGGAUGAAGAAUACGCGCCACGGUACUAUAGCGUCGUACGGAAACCUAUGGAUCUCAGUACGAUGGAGGAGAAACUCGAAGGUGGUUUAUACAAAAGUUUAAAUAUAUUCAAACGAGAUUUUCGUCUUAUAGUGGACAACUGUAGGCAAUACAAUGGGUCUGACAAUGAGUACACUGAAAUGGCUUUCAAUUUAAAGGAUGCGUUCGAUAAGGCUGUAAAUCGGUUUUUGGAAUCUGAAACAUCUAGCGAUGAAGAUCCAUCGUCGCCGAAAUCGUUGCCCGCGACGCCCGCGUCACCGUCCUGUCCAUCGCAAGUCUCUUCUCCGCAUCAAAAUCGCAAACGGUCGAAGAAAUCCACGAAAAAAUCGAAAUCGUACAAAUCCGACGGUAAAGGAAAAUCCAAAGUAACAGAGAAAAAUGACGAGGAAGAAAAACGAGGGAAGAAUUAUAAGCUUCCGAAGAAGAAGAGGGGGAAGAAGAAGAGUAAAAAAGCGAAGGACGAAGAAUCGUUGAACGAGGAAGAACAAGAUGAUCAAGAGAGCGAAGAUGCGGUGUCCGAGUCGAGUAUCGUGACGUCGAAAAGAAGGAAACAUAUAGACGCGAACAAUUUGUUGUUGAAAACCAAAAAGCUGUCGCCCAAAGAGUCGGAGGAGUUGAAGAAGAUGAAUAAGAAAACAAGUAAAGAGCGUCAUCAGCAGAAGAAGGAGGCGGAAAGCGUACGGCCGAUUAAAGAAUCGAAGGAGAAUAAGAAGCGAAAGGAAGACUUCGAGGAAGAUUACGACUCCCUAGUCAUCGCGAAAAGUAAAAGUAGGAAGAUCGAGAAGAAAGAACUCGAGGAGACGGAGAUAUUCACAGAUAGCGCAAAGAAGAGCAAGGCGAAGAAGGUGGAACUGCCAGAAGACAAAGAUGUAUCGGAGAACAAGAACAAGACACAGCAUAUCAAAGCGAAGAAAAAUCGGAAGAAAGAGAAAGCGGGGUUGAAAGCGUUGAAGCCCGAGGAAAAGGUCGAGAAGAACCGUGGAAAGGACAAGCAAAAGAAAUCAAAGCAGAAAAACGAUGAUGCGAAAAACGGCGAGAUAUCCAGCGAAUUAGAUUCCAAAGAUUUAGACCUAGAGAGCGAUGUAGAUUCGAAGGAAACCCCUACGUCUAAGAAGAUUGCUGCAUUUAUAGGUGAUAAGGAUAUAGAAUCGUCUGACGGUGUAAAGGACAAACUAAGCGAACGACGGCGAGAGGAGAAACUGAAGAGCGAGAAAGAGAAACCGAAGAAAACUGGGAAAAGCGACAUUCACAACGUGUAUUCAAAAAAAGUGCCUUCAAACGGUAGUACCUUUAACGACAGCGAUAAAGCCGGCGCGAAACGACCAAAGUUAAAAAAGGGAAUGAAAGACGAGAAAGUUCCUGGCGCAGAGGAUCCUGUGAAAACCCAAGACCAAGAGGCGGCCGAGACCAAGAAAGUGAAAUCUACAAGCAAGCAUACCAAAGGAUUUGGAAAGGAGGAAAGCUCGAUACAGGCAUUGAAUCAAGCAACGGAGCAAACACUCCAUGACAUCAACAAGUGGCUAGACGACGCGCCAAGGCUCUCUGAAUUUUCCUCCGGGAGCGAUUCUCCGAUAUUUCAUUCGUCCGUUGAAUCGGCACGAUCUGGACCAAAGGUCGAGGCGCCGCGUAAACGACCAAGUUCCAUUAAGAUCUUUGGCCCUCACGGACCCAGUAGACCAAAAAAGAUACAGCGUACGAUAGACCGUUUGCAGCCCGGGAAAAGUAAGGGGAACUUACUAUUGAAGAAACCGCUUAAUUUACCUAACGUGAGCGCCAACGAGACGGCGGUGCAUCCGUCGGCUAGCGACAAUGACCAGGCAAACAAGAACGCCGACGAGGAACCAAAACUUAGUUUAGGAACAGUCUUGAAGAACGUCGAUUCAAUUCAGUUGAUUUGUAAAAGUUUAGUCUCCUCGCCGAAUCCGAAUUUUUCAAACGACGACGAGGAAGAAGAUCACAGCGUUGUCCCGACGAUCCCAGCGCCUAGUUCUAAGGAUGAGAAAUUAUCGUCCAGCAAACCGGCUGCGCAGGCAUCCACGGAGGUAGAGGAAUCGAAAGACAGUCAAUCGAAUUCGAAGGACACGCCGAAACCUAAAGCGGCGACACCGAAUUUGAGUGCCUGGUUCAAGGCAUUCGGUGCUCCGAAAUCAAAGAAAAAGGAGGACGAGUCGGAGGACGGCGCGACGACGAAGAAGGACGGCGAGUCGCAGGAAGUGUUCUGUGGAAGACAGCGAAGAAUGAGUACCGGUGGUAGUAGUGUGAGUGAAUCCGUUUCCAGUUUCUCUCAAGAGUCACCGCCAGGACGUUCAGGACGGUCCCCGCAGGCGCAACCCAUUGUAGCUUCCGUGGAACCGCAAAUAAGAGGAGCCGGAUUCUACCAGGAUGCUCUAUCGACAGGAAGUAGUCCUUACAAUAGUCCUUACUAUGCCACACCCCCAAGAUACAGUGCUCAGUUGCCACCCACCCCGUCACCACAGAAUCAUCCCUUAUCACCAGCCUAUCCAUCGUCAUCUUAUGAACAGGCACCUCUCUACUCUCAGAUACCGCCUCCUCAACAAUCUCAUCAAACGUUUCAAAAGUCACCACAAGAAAAUUCCGGGGAAGUGUUCCAUCAAUUGUCCCCUACGUUUCCACAACGUUCACCACAGACUAACUUCCCGCCAAAUUCUACACCGAACGAGUCCUAUACUCAACCAUUACCACCAUCGACUAAUCAAGAACAAUCCCCGGUCUACUCCCAGCACUCUCCUCAGCCAAUACAACAGGUUUAUCCGCAACCGUCCCCCCAGCCACCACCGUCGAAUUACUCUCAGCCAUCACCGCAACAAUCUCCUACUCCUAAAUACUCACAAUUGUCCCCGCAACAGACUACCGCCAAUUAUUCGCAGCCUUCUCCACAGGCAUCCAAUUAUUCUCAGGCUUCGCCACAGCAACCUCAUUCCCCCUACUCUCAGCCUUCUCCACAAGCACCGCCUCCCACUUACUCCCAGCCGUCACCCCAGCAACAACACUCUCCUUACGCGCAAUCCCCCCAGCAAUCGUCCGGCUAUUCUCAGCUCUCCCCUCAACCGCCGUCAAACUACUCUCAACCGUCGCCUCAACCCCCUCCCGUCUACCCGCAACAAUCAGAACCUUCGAACUUUUCUCACCCGUGUCCUCAGACUUGUACCACCGAUUACUCCCAGCCAUCGCCUCAGCCUCUAACCGGCUAUUCCCAACCGUCCCCUCAACCAAGGAAUUAUUCUCAACCCUCCCCUCAACAAAUUCAAACGUUCCCGCAACCCUCGCCGCAACCACCACCCACCUAUUCUCAGACUUCCCCGCAAAACACGCCCUAUUCUCAGCCAUCGCCGAAACCGCCGGCCAAGUAUUCUCAACCGUCGCCUCAGCAACCCACGAAUUACUCGCAUUCGAUACACUCGCCUCAAACCCCGCAGAAUUAUUCACAACUGUCCCCCCAACAAGCUCCACCUAGCAGUUAUUCUCAGCCGUCACCGUCGUCCCAGCAAUCCCGUAAUUAUCCGCAACUCUCUCCGUCGCCCCAGCAAUCACGCAACUACUCGCAACCGUCACCGUCUCCCCAGCAGUCCCGCAACUACAUGCAACCGUCACCGUCCCCCCAGCAACAACAGUCCCGUAACUAUUCCCAACCGUCGCCGCAACAAAAAUCCACCUGCACCGCGCAACCGUCGCAGCAACCAACUACUCCCAGUUACUCGCAAACGUCGCCGCAGCAGACUGCUAGUUACACGCCGCAGCCUCCUAAAACCACCGAGGAGUGUCCUCAAACCGCGGCUACCGGCUCGACUUAUCCUCAGGGAUUUAAACAGAAUCAUUCUUACAUACAAUCACCGGCCGCGACGCCGUCCAUCAGCGAAACGGAGCAUCGAACAACCACGCCGACGGAGUACCUGAAAUCCGCCGCCGGUAGUGUAGAGAAAUCGUCGUCAAGCGCCGAGCAACAGAGAAACUUCACCGUACCGACGGAGGCGUCGUUGAGCCUGAACGCGAAUCAUCAGAUCUAUCAGUCGUCGGGUCAGUAUCCACCGCCGACGUUCGGGAAUAAUUAUCCUAACCUCGAACUUCAGAGGUCACGGCCGGAGCAACCGCAACAACAACAACAACAGCAGCAACAACAACAAUCGUCGGAACGUCCAAGCUUCGCCGAUCUCAGCGAGUCGUUGAACGCUCAGAAGUACGUUCAGCAACGUUCGUUUAUCGGUAAAACGUCGACCGCCGGUGAACAGUUACCGUCGCAGGAUCAGUCGCAGCUGCUCGCGUUCCAACAGAAUCUGACCACGCACGAGUCCCUUUAUCCGAGCGGUUUCCAACCGUCCGGUUACCCGAUGUCGAAUACGCGACCGGUUUACCCGAGUCCGCAUUAUUUCGACGCCAGCUCGAAAACCGCUGGCACCGGUGGAUCCGUGAAUAGUUCGACCAGCGGCAAUCUUCCGCCCGUGAAGAAACGUAUAUACAAUGAAACGUCCGCGGACGCGACCCGGGGCAUGACGCAGGAGCCUGUCACGAGAUCCGGCCAGGAGCAGUUCGGCUUCGAUCCGAUAAUGGCGUUACCGCAACCAGACGCGAUUUCGGCCAGUCAGUUCGACGCCUCGUCAUUCGUGGGGAACCUGGCUGACUCAGUGGCCACGAAUCCAGCAUAUGCGCGUCUCAGUCUGGGUCUGGUGGGCCGUGCGAGCAAAGAGCAACAACAAUUGUUAACGAUCCCACGGCCGCCGCCGACCAAACCGGAACACUUGGCGUAUGCUCGUAGCCCAGCCGCAGGUGCCGCCGAAUUGGAUCUUAACCUCCUUCAGAGUCUCCAAACGGCUGCGGCCGCGAAGAACACUCAAGGUAUACUGUCCAUGUCGCGCAGGGGUGGUGGGGAGGCGGGCACCACGUCUGCGCCAACGAAAACGAAGAAAAGUCGUAAAAGCAAACAGCAGCAGCAACAACAACAACAACAGCAGCAGCAGCAGCAGCAACAACAGCAAGAACAACAGAACGUAGUGAACGUUUCGUCCGCAGUGAGCAGCACGGAGCAACAAUCGGCGACCGGUAUACCCGGGUUCACGCAGUACACCGGCACACCCGGCGAUUCGAUCAGUUUGAAAAAUUCCGCCAUGGUCCCGCCGGCUGGUAGCGCCUUUAAUUUCGCCGCGUCCACAAGCAACACCUCCGGGUCACCGUUCUACGAUAAGGAUGCAACCGCGGCAGCGUUCGCGUUUCUCGAUGAGUUUCGGAACCCGAACAGUUACUACAGUAUGGCGCUCAGGCAGCAACAACAACAACAACAACAACCCCAGGUGCCGCCAGUAACGGAUGCCGCGCAACAGGCGUGCAACAAACUGACCAAUCAACCACCGAGAAACUAUCCGCCGCAUCCUUUUCUUCAUUCCGCACAAAGGUCAGCUGCGUACGGGCCGCCAGUGUCCGCAUACGUCACGCCACACGGACCGAACUUGACCAUGGACCCGACCGCGUAUCAACAAUACAUUCAUUCCCUGUACGCGCUUCAACCGCCGCCGCAUCAUCAUCGACCGUCCUGGCUUUAGCCGUUAAAAUCAUUUUAACGGGCCGUUUUUGA